GGCUGCCGCUCGGCGGUGAGUAUCUGGGGGCGCCACCAUGGCGUUUCGUAAGAAGAGCACCAAGAACCCCCCGGUCCUGAGCCACGAAUUCAUCCUGCAGAAUCACGCGGACCUCGUCGCCUGCGUGGGGAUGUUCUUCGUGCUGGGGCUCAUGUUCGAGGGAACCGCAGAAGCAUCGAUCGUGUUUAUCACGCUGCAGCACAGCGUUCCCUUCCCCGCGGGGGAAGAUCCAGCCAAGGAGUUAAAGUUCCUCUAUCAUUACGGCAUCAAAGACCUGGCCACGGUCUUCUUCUACAUGCUGGUGGCCGUCAUCAUUCACGCCACCCUGCAGGAGUAUGUGUUGGAUAAAAUUAACAGGCGAAUGCAGUUCCCCAAAGCGAAACAAAGCAGAUUUAAUGAAUCUGGCCAGUUCAGUGCAUUCUACCUUGUCUCAUGUGUUUGGGGCACGUUCAUUCUAAUCUCUGAAAACUGCCUGUCAGACCCCACGCUCGUAUGGGGGGCUCAUUCCCAUAACGUGAUGACAUUUCAGAUGAAGUUUUUCUACAUCUCACAGCUGGCUUACUGGUUUCAUGCCUUUCCUGAACUCUACUUCCAGAGAACCAAAAAACAGGAUCUCCCUCGCCAGCUUGUCUACAUCGGUCUUCACCUCUUCCACAUUGCUGGAGCCUAUCUCCUGUACCUGAACCAUCUGGGGCUUGUUCUCCUGAUGUUGCAUUACUUUGUGGAAUUCCUUUCCCACAUUUGCGACCUGUUUUAUUUUAGUGAUGAGAAGUACCAGAAAGAGAUGUCUCUGUGGGCAGUUGUGUUUAUUCUGGGUCGACUUGUGACUUUAACUGUUUCCGUGCUCUCUGUUGGCUUUCACCUGGCUGGAGGGCAGAAUCGGAAUCCGGAUGCCAUUAGUGGAAACGUGAACGUGUUGGCAGCUAAAAUUGCUGUUCUGUCGUCCAGCUGCACGAUCCAGGCAUACAUAACGUGGAAUUUAGUUAACGUCCAGCUUCAGAGGUGGAAGGAAGAAGAUGCUGUUCUUCAGGCCCCAAGUGUGAAGAAGAAACGGACUAAAGGCAGGUCUUCUAGAAAAGGAACAGAAAAUGGGGUGGCAACUUCAAAUAAAGUAGACUCUCCCCAUAAGAAGAAAGAGAAAACUUCAUAAUGAAUUAUAAGUUAGUUGACUACUGUCCCCAAAGAAGUCAGCUCUUUACUAUAUCUUUCUGUGCUAGAGAUUUUUCUGUUCUUGAAAAUAGUUUGUGCUCUCUUUAAUUUUUGCUAUCGUACAGUGUAAUAUAUUUUUUUAAGAUGUUUGAGAGGAGAGUGAUUAUUAUGAGUGGGAAAAAAAUUUGAUUUAGACUAAGCUACUCAUCGUCAGAAUGGUUUAGGGAUCACCAGAACAUUUUUGUUUGCUUGUUUUUUAUCUUUCAACAUUUUCCUAAUGAUUUAUAGAGAUAACUACAAAAUUCCACGUAUCAGAGAUACAAUUUCUUGCUCCCGCCAAUCUUUUAUAACAUUGGCAAGAUGGUCUGUUAUAGCAAUGUCAUAGUUUUAAUGUUCCCUUUCAGGAUAAAAUAGAAAUAUUAUAAAGGUAGAAGUUAUCUUCAUUAAGUUUUUAGCAUUCUCUACUUCUUAGAAUUUUUUUUCAGAAUUUACAACUGGAGAAAAGAUUUGUAAAACAACCAAAGUAAUGAUGUAGUGUUUGUUACUGUUACAUCCCCAUUAAAAAAACAAAAUACUAAUGGCUAACAUAUGUGGAGACUUAUUGCCAUAUAUUAAAUCAAAAUAUCUUGAAUUAAUAUAAAAGUAUUGCUGAAGAGGUAAAAUCAUUCUUGUUCAUUUUAAACACUUGUAAACUGGAAAUCAGAAAAUUAAAUAUUUACUGUAAAAAGGAAA